AUGCUCUCGACACCCGAUUUAUCUCACUUAACUCCAGAAGACUAUGAGACUGUGUAUGAACCUGCAGAAGACACAUUCAUUCUGCUUGACGCAUUGGAGAAGGACAUGGAGAUCCUAAAGGAGGGACCUCCACUUAUCUGCUUAGAGAUAGGUAGUGGCUCGGGAUGCGUUUCCACGUUUUUGGCUAGCAUACUCGGGCGUUCUAACUGUCUAUAUCUUUGCACGGACAUCAAUCCACGAGCAGCAUCCUGCGCUUACAGAACUGGCCUUCAAAAUAAUAUCCUUCUAGAUCCGCUUAACGCCUCUUUCGCCGACCCUCUUCUCCGGCGCCUCUCUGAGUCUAUCGACAUCCUCAUCUUUAAUCCUCCCUACGUGCCUACUGAGUCACUCGAGGUACUUCAAGCCCAACAAGAGAGGAAUAUAUCGAGCGCAUGGGCGGGUGGAAUUGAUGGGAUGGAGGUUACAAAUAAAUUUCUGCCGAUGGUUGCGGAUUUAUUGUCAUCGGGAGGUCGGUUUUACCUGGUCGGUGUAGCGCCUAACAAGGUCUCCGAGAUAAUAUCACAAAUGAGCAAGCAGUAUAGUCUGGGCUGUGAGGUUGUGCUUCAACGGCGAGCGGGAAGAGAACACCUCCAUGUAUUAAAGUUCACGCGCAUAUAA